GGUCGCGGACUUGAUAGCCUUUACGCGAUCCCAAUUGUUGGAGAAAUCAAACCAUUUAUCGUGAGCUUGUAACAAAAGUUGUGUUAACAUAGGCCUUUGGUCACUAGUGGCGUGCAUAAUCUUCGUGUCUUAAACUUGUCACUAUGAUAAUGAAUAAUGUUCACUAGAUAGACAACACGUAACGUUAAACUAAUGGCGUAUCCGAUAGAAACUUCGCCAGGAAAAUCACUGCCUAAAUUGUCGAGAAAUUCGAACCCUUAUCACAUCAAACGUCCAAUGAACGCAUUCAUGGUCUGGUCGAGAUUGCAAAGAAAGAAGAUAUCCAUGAUGAAUCCGAAGCUGCAUAACUCUGAGAUAUCCAAGCGACUUGGCUUAGAAUGGAAAAGCUUGGAUGAAACCGAGAAGAGGCCUUUCAUAGACGAGGCGAAGAGAUUAAGGUUGAAACACAUGAAUGAUUAUCCGGAUUACAAAUACAGACCACGUCGAAAGAACCGACUCGAUACUUCCGCGUAUGGAAAUCCAGCUUUAUAUUCCACUCGAGAGACCUUCGUUGAGAUUGAGCCUCGAGUUGACAGUAAUUACCAGUUGCCAGUAAACUACUCAGAUCCUCAGUACAUGUAUAACAACGUCAUUAGUUACACAGUGCCGAUAUCUCAAGGCUCCUUCAUGUCACCAAUGAGGCCUAAAGAGGAGAAUUUGCCGAGUCUAGAUUUGAGGCCAUUGCCGUCAAUUGAGAGUAUUUCACCCAGGCCCUUUGCGGUUGUCAACCAGCAGAUGAUGGUGAAGGCAUACCCAAAUUUACACUACGUACCCGAAGACGUUGCAAGAUUAUCAUAUCAUUACCCUUUUAGUGUUCAAUAGAUUAGAUAUUUUUUCGGUUACCAUAAAA